UCAGGUUACCGCCUUCUUUAUUCUUCACUUUCUUCUCCACUAUAAAACCUUCUCUUCUGGAUAACCUUUCGUAGUCUUACCGUUAUCUUUCCUAGCAUUUUCCACACACACAAAAAGCUUCUAGAUCCAUUCCGAGUCAUGAGCUCGGUACAAUUCACUGAGUUGCUUCCGGGUCUGCCCGAGGAACUCGCUCUCGAAUGCUUGACCCGAUUGCAUUACUCGACCCACUCAGUCGCCUCGCUCGUCUGCCGCCGCUGGCGCCACCUCCUCCUCAGCCGGGACUUCUAUUAUCACCGGAAGAAGACGGGUCAUACCCACAAAGCCGCCUGCCUCGUCCAGGCGCUUCCGAUUCCCCCCUCCUCCAAACCGAUCGGGCAACCCAGUUACGGGAUUUCCAUGUUCGACCCGGUGAGCGGGACCUGGAGCUGGGUCGACCCGAUUCCCAAGUACCGCAGCGGGCUGCCGAUGUUCUGCCAAAUCGUCAGCUCGGAAGGGAAGCUCGCGGUGAUGGGCGGGUGGGACCCGGUGAAUUGGGACCCGGUGAAGGACAUGUUCGUGUACGAUUUCGCCACUCGCGGGUGGACUCAGUGCGAGGACAUGCCGUCGAAACGGUCGUUCUUCGCCGCGGGGGCGGUUGACGGCAGGGUGAUCGUCGCCGGCGGGCACGACGAGAGCAAGAACGCGCUGAAAUCGGCGUGGGUGUUCGACAUCAGAAGGAACGAGUGGAACGAGCUGGCCUCGAUGAGCGAGGAGCGAGACGAGUGCGAGGGGGUGGUGGUCGGGUCGGAGUUCUGGGUCGUGAGCGGGUACGGGACGGAGACGCAGGGGCGGUUCACAAGCAGCGCCGAGUCGCUGGAGCUCGCGACCGGCGAGUGGAAGCGAGUCGAGGACGUGUGGGGAGCCAGCCGGUGCCCGAGAGCGUGCGUGGGGAUGGGCAAAAACGGGAACUUGAUGUGCUGGGCGGACAGUGACCCGGAGAUUCGGGUCGGAGCCUGCGGGGUUGAUCUGGGCGACCUGACCUUGGUGACCGGGUCAGCCUACCAGGGCGCGCCACAUGGUUUUUUCUCUAUGGAUAACAGAGGGCAAGAUCGCAAACUGGAGAAAAUUGAGGUCCCUGUUGAGUUCGCUGGGUUCGUCCAGUCCGGUUGCACAGUUGAGAUAUGAAAAAAUGCAUUUUAUUCCCGCACAGCUAUAGUUUGACCGUAUGGCCGGAUGAAUCAGUCGGACCGUUUGACCCGAUGUCCCCGAGACCCGACCCAUCCGGACUGGUUUGAUACUUUGAUAAAUAGGGGAGAUGUUUAUGGUUUGUCUCAUUGCGCUUUUUGCUAAAGCAAACCAGUGGCACUUUUUUCUUUUAUUCAGCAUAUAUGUACAAGAAAGAAGCAUAUUGUGGGCCCUUUGGCAUAAUAUCACGUUUGGAAUUACGGUUUGGGUAAUUUACUGCUCCAUAUUUAUGUGGAUAUGAAAUAUAGCUCUUUUGUGAGUGAACCGUUUUCUGGUACGGUGACCUAUAUGUUUUUCAAAUUUG